CUCUCCCUUCAGCCAUCCUGACGCUGAAGUUCUCUCCGUACCAGCGAGGGAUCUACUGUGAUGAUGAGAGCAUCAGCUACCCUUACAGGACAGACACCAUCUCCCACGGAGCCAUGGCCGCCGUCACCCUCACCUGCUCCAUCGUCAUAAUCACCACAGGUGAAGCGUACCUGGUUCACGCCAAGCGUCUCCACUCCAACUCCCAGUUCAACCAGUACCUGUCGGCCCUCUAUAAGGUGGUGGGCACCUACCUGUUUGGAGCAGCCGUCAGCCAAUCACUGACCGACCUGGCCAAGUUUACUAUCGGCCGUCCUCGGCCCAACUUCCUGUCCGUGUGUAACCCGGUCAGUUGCCAUGGUUACAUGCUGCAGAUCAACUGCACCGGCUACCACCGCAACGUCACCGAGUCCAGGUUGUCCUUCUACUCCGGCCACUCGUCCUUCGGGAUGUACUGCAUGCUCUUUCUCUCCCUGUACGUCCAGGCCCGUAUGCAGGGUAAAUGGACCCGUCUGGUGCGUCCCACCAUCCAGUUCUUCCUGGUCUCCUUCUCUCUCUACGUGGGCUACACCAGAGUCUCUGACUACAAACACCACUGGAGCGACGUGGUGGUGGGGCUGCUGCAGGGGGCGCUCAUCGCCGUGCUCACCGUCCGUUAUCAGUCCGACUUCUUUAAGCAGCGUCCUCCUCACUGCACGGCCAAAGAACCAGCAGAGAUCGAACAUCUGGAGCGUAAACCCAGUCCUCAGCCUCCAGACUCCCAGCACGGAAACCACUACAACUACCCCAGACAAGUAUGAGCUCCUCCUCCUCCCAGCAGCUCCUCCUCCUCCUCCUAACCUGGCCUCCUCCUCCUCUAACAGCAGCUCCGUUACCACAGGGACUGAAACAGAACAAACCACUAAAUCCAGACUAGACCUGCUCCAAACAACUUUCACCGCUAUAAAAACUCAGAUUCCCUAAAACCUGUUGGAACAGAAGCUGUGUGUGUUAGUCAGGGUGUGUGUGCUGCAGAAAUAUGUGUGAGUGUGUUUUUGUGUACAUGUGUAGCGUGUUUGAGAGUGUGCAAUUAUAUGUGUAUGCAGUGAUGUAAUGUGAUGUAUUUUUAUGAUCUUUUCUGUUUUUAGUGAAGCGUUUCCUGUUUGUGGGGGAGAUUUUAUGCUGAAAAGUGAGCAAAGACUGUAAAA